AUGUGCCAUCAUGCGGAGGUAGCAAACUGCCAUUUAUUGAAUGCAGAUCUCAAUGUUGGACGCAUGCACAUGGAGCAUAAGAAGAGUGGUAUUGCAGCAUUCACUCGCUCAGACUCAGGUUUAAUGAUAUUUGUAAUGACAAAUGCUUGUUGGCUUGUGCUAAACAAGGAGCCAACCAAGUGGAUAGAUAGUACUGAGAUGGAGCUGGAAGAACUCAGCAUGGAGGUGGAAGAGGAUCCAGGGAUGAUGGAUGAGGUAUAUGAUGAGGACAGAUUUGUUGACAAGGCUGAGUUGUUGGAUGAGUGUGAGCAUGUUGCAACAGAUUUUGACUCUGUUAUGACAGUCACAUGGCUAAACCUGAGCUAA